UCUCUCCCGGCCGCUUCAGCAAUUUUCCAAUUUUCCUAGUUUGUGCGCGCGUUUCCCGAUGGAGCUAGUGGAUCCAAGUAAUCCGCAACUGCUGGCGGAGCUCGUGAAUGGCUACCGCAUGCUGCUGCAGGAACAGAUCACACAACAUAUCAAGACACACCGCGAUCACCUGGUUCGCAUGAGGAAACGGUUCGCACAGAAGCUCGCCCGACGCCUAGCCCGAAACUACGAGCUGUUCCGGAGAAAAUGGCGCCAGUUGCCGCUGGAGAGCAAAAUUACCCCUCCAAAACCCAUCCCGAAGAAGCCGGUUCCACCCCCAAUCAAACAGUACAGCCGCCGAUGGUGGAAAAGUGUCGCCAACGGGAAGGAACACUUUAACGAGGAGCUGUUCCGCAUGGAUUACGCCUGCUUCCGGCUGCUGUGCGAGCGGCUAAACGAUGAACUUGCGGCCGAGUGCAUCACACACCACUGGAUACCGCUAUCGAACGAGACGAAGGUCGCUAUCGCGCUGUAUGUGCUGGGCACGGGAGCUGACUAUCGGAAAGCGGGCGUCGAGUUCGAGGUGCCCAUCAGCACGGUACACAAAUGCCUGUUGACCUUCUGUAACGCGGUGGUGUACGUGUUCCUGGAAGAAGAGGAGCUGAUCUAUCUACCAGUCGAUGAGCAUGCCGAUGAGCUGGAGAAUGUGGUGGAGGAAUUUGAACUGCAGGCCAACAUGCCGCGCGCUAUGGGUGUCCUCGAUUGCAUGCAUAUUGCCAUCGCCCCACCAGAAGAAGAACCGGAGUCCUACAUCAACAGCAACGGAUGGAGUUCGGUGAUACUGCAAGUGGCAGUGGAUAGCAAUGGCUGCUUCAUGGACGUAUCGCAGCACUCUGGAUGCACAAAUGAUGAAACCGUCCUCUUCGAGUCACCGAUUUACGAGACGAUGGAACGGCAACAGUUUCCAACGAUAAUGCUAAACGACAAGCCCCUGAAUCCGUUUCUUCUGGCGGACAGUGGAUAUCCGUUGCUCCCGUGGCUUAUGACACCGUACCAUGGGGAGAACCUGUCACCGGCGCAACGAUCGUUUAACGUUUACGUUGCCCGCGCUCGAGCCAUCGCCAGUAAGGCGUUCGAACGGUUGACCGGUCGUUGGAAGCUAUUGCAAGGUACGGUACACCUGGGCAUUAACAUCGUACCCACCGUCAUCAUGGCGUGCUGUCUGUUGCACAACUUUCUGGAGUUCGAAAAGGCACCGUACAUGGACCAGUGGAGCGAAUGUGCGAUCGAAGCGGAUGCUGUCCAUGAACAGCCCAUCUGGUUGAGCCCCAUUCUGAAUGAGGAGGGCGAGGAAAUCCGGAACCACUUGAGUGCGUACAUGGAGGACAAUUUCCCCGUUGUGAUCGAUGAUAUUUAAAACAGUUCGCUGCGACUUUUCAUUGUAUUUUUUAUUACCAAUAUUAAUAGCUAAUACAACAUGAAGAUUUCCUUA